AUGUCUACCUUGAAGGUAGCCGAGUCCGAAAGAGGGCUUGGCAAUCGAAACCUUCUAGACAAGGUGGACAAGUUGAGAAAGCUUGGGGUCUCCGGUGUGGUAUCGCUCCCUCAGAUGGUUGUCGUUGGUGACCAAAGUGCUGGAAAGUCCAGUGUUCUCGAGUCUCUCACCGGCUUUCAUUUCCCUCGCUCAGUGACUCUCUGCACUCGCCAUGCAACAGAAAUCAUCUGUCGCCGUGAGGAAACUGAGAGCAUCGUUGUCUCUAUCCACGCUGUCGAUGCGGAUGAAGAGCAAGCAAAGUCCUUUCGUCGCACCGCGACCAACCUCGGUGCCGACGAAUUUGCCCAGAUCUUCCAGGACGCUGCCAAGGUGAUGGGCAUCAAGUCAGAGUCUAUCGAUGGCUCCAAUGGCUCUGCCUUCAGUCGCGAUGUCCUACGUGUCGAGAUCAGUGGCCCAAACGAAGACCACUUGACUGUCAUUGAUGUCCCCGGCAUGUUCGAGAACCCCACCCUCGGCAUCACCACCAAAGGAGAUAUCGAACUCGUGAAGAACAUGGUGAAGAAUUACAUCAAGGGACCUCGCACCAUUAUCCUCGCCGUUGCUCCUUGCAAUGUCGAUGUUGCCAACCAGAAGAUUCUCACCUACGCCAAAGAAGUUGACCCUGAAGGCAAGCGAACUCUCGGUGUUCUCACCAAGCCUGACUUGGCUACUGAAAAUGCUACGCAGGCUGCUAUUGUUGACCUCGUCACUGGCAAGGGUCGCGAACCUCAGCUUGGCUACUGUAUCGCCAAGAACCGGGGAGCGGAUGACACUUCAUCCAGCGCUGAGGAGCGCGACCGUGCCGAGGCUGAUUUCUUCUCCAAAGCUCCAUGGACUAACAUCCCUCCUGACCGCCUGGGCGUUCGGGCGCUCAAGGCCCGUCUCAGACAUCUCCAAGGAGACCUUAUGAGAAGCGAGUUCCCCAAGGUCCGCGCCGAGAUGACCACAAGACAGAAAGAGUUUGAAGGUCUGCUUGAAAGCAUGGGAGAGUCAAGAUUGACCGAGGCACAGCAGCGUAUCUUCAUUGGCAAAGUAGCUGAGAAGUUUGCCCUCAUCAAGGGGUACGCCCUCGACGCUUAUUACACACGCCAUCGGAUCUUCGAGAAUGAGGAUCUGAAGCUCAUCACCCGUAUCCGUGAAAUUAACGAGGCGUUUGGAAAGGUCAUCUAUGACAAGGGACAUACCCGGCAUUUCUCUAAACCUCAGACAGUCAACGGUCAGGGGUUCCAGUCGGAGGAGGAAGAAGACGAUGAUGAGGAAGAUGCAGAGUCCUCUGUCACUGAGAGAGAGGAUCUAUAUGCAACCACUACCUGCUCCAUUCCCCUAUUGGGAGAGGACGAUUUGGCAGAUAUCCUCUCCGACAGUUACUGGUGUCCGGAUCCCAGUGAGGAAGAUAUCCUCACCUACAUUGAGAUCGAGUACAUGAACUCUCGAGGCUACGAGAUUGGAACCUUUAACAGCGAAUUGCUGCCCACAACCUUCAAGGAGCAGAGCAAAAAAUGGCGUCCUAUGGCUCGAGCUCACGUCUCCAACGCCAUAUUGAUCGUCCAUCAUUUCAUCACCACUGUUCUGGAAUUCUGCUGUCCUGAUGACUCUAUCCGUACCGAGCUGUGGUCAUUCUUGCUCGAGGAUCUUCAGGAACGCUACCGCCGCGCCGUCAAACACGUCGAGUUCCUUCUUGAGGUCGAAUUCGAGGGGAAAAGCAUCACAUACGAUCCUGAGUUCAACGAGUCUCUCAGCCGUCUCAAACUCCGUCAUACAGAAGGUCUCGCCAAGGAAGUUGAAAAGUCUGUCAGAAAUGCCAUGACCAGGGCCACGUCGGAUGCGGUAGCUGCUUCUGAGGUUCGGCAGUUGGUUGAAAAGCGGCUCAACAAGGAGACUACUCUCCAUAGCACUCGUCGGGACAUCCACAAUGUCCUUCUGACCUUCUACAAGAAUGCCCGUACCCGUUUUGUCGAUGUGGUUUGCCAGCAAGUCAUCGACCAUUUCCUUCUGCACGCUUCCAACGGCCCUCUUUCUGUGUUGUCUCAGGAUCUGGCGCUUCGCAUGACAGCUGAUGAGCUGGAGACCAUUGCUGGUGAGGACAUCCUCAGCAAGGACCGACGUGAGAAGUUGGUCCGCGAUAUUUCCAACUUGAAGGAGGGACUCAAGAUUCUCCGAGGCUGA